UUAAGUCUCCUCCUGAGAGUUAAAGAAGCUCCUCUACCUGUCUCUGCUUGCUAUUGCUGUCUUGUAUUGCAUAUCUGCAUUCAUCAUCUCCUUCUCCUUCUACCUACGAGAGAAGCUCUGUGCCUGGUUACACAAGGAAACUAAGAUAUGGCAGUAGAAUCUGUGCUUACUUUUGCGACCGAGGGAAUACUGAUGAAGCUGAUUUCCCUUGCUGCUCAAGAAAUCAGUCUUGCCUGGGGAUUCAAAGCUGAACUAAACAGGCUUCGCAAAACACUGUCCACCAUUGAAGGUUACUUAGCCGACGUUGCCCAGGGACCACAAGGUCGGAGCAAGUCCGUAGAAGAUUGGGUGACGAAUCUUAAACGCCUAGCUCAAGAUGCAGAUGAUGUCUUGGAUGAAUUCAACUAUGAACUUCUCCGGCGCAAAGUAGAAAUCCGAAAUCAUAUGAAGAAAAAGGUACUCAACUUCUUUUCACUCUCCAAUCCGGUUGCAUUCCGCCUUAAAAUUGCACAUAAAAUUCAGAAGAUCAAUGCAUCCUUGGUGAAUCUCAAGAGUGAGGCUCCUAUCAUUGGACUAGUUUCCAAGAAAACAGAUGCAGCUCCUCAAGGAAUUAGAGGACGGAUACAAACCGACUCACUCCUUGAAAAAGAUGGAAUCAUUGUUGGAAGGGAGGAGGUCGUGUCAAACAUAGUUACAACCUUGACCAACUCCAACAUCAAUCAAGAAAAUAUUGCUGUUAUGGCCAUUGUGGGAAUGGCAGGCCUAGGAAAGACAACUUUGGCCAAGUCUGUAUACAAUGAUAAUUCAGUAAUAAACUAUUUUGAAAAAAGGAUAUGGGUGUGUGUAUCUGAACCUUUUAACAUCAAUGUGAUUUUGAUCUGCAUGUUAGAAUCUCUUAACCCAUCAAAAGCCACUGUAAGAGAAAAUCAAGAUGCACUGCUUAAAUACCUUGAAGAAGAGUUGAGAGCGAAAAGAUACUUGCUGGUACUUGAUGAUGUUUGGAAUGAAGAUUCGGAGAAAUGGGAAAGUUUGAUGAGCUAUUUGUCAAAGUUGAAUUCUGAUCUAGGAAGCAAAAUUAUUGUCACUACCCGCAGUGUCAAAAUUGCAUCAAUCACAGAAACACUUCCGCGCCCUAAAUUGGAACUUCUAUCAACAGAUGAAUGCUGGUCCAUAUUGAAACAUGCAACUUGCUCAGAUGGUAGUUCUGAUAUACCUCUUCAUUUAGAGAGAAUUGGACGGGAAAUUGCUAAAAAUUGUGAAGGCCUACCAUUGAUGGCAAAGGUUUUGGGAGGCAUUUUGUGCUCUAAAAAGACUCCUGCUGAAUGGUCUGAAGUCAAAGACAACAGAAUAUGGGACUUACCAAAGGCAGAAGAUAGAAUCAUGUCAGUCUUGAAGUUGAGUUUCGAUAAUUUGGAAUCACCGGCACUGAAGCAAUGUUUUUCAUAUUGCUCAGUGUUCAUGAAAGAAGCCAAGAUGGAAAGAAAUGACUUGAUUCAACUUUGGAUGGCUCAAGGAUUCCUCCAUCCUUCUCCUGAAAAAAGUAAUCUAGAGAUGGAGGAUAUAGGUAAAGAAUAUUUUGAUAUUCUAUUCCAAAGAUCCUUAUUUCAAGAUGCUAGACUGGAUUAUGCUGGCAUUAUUAAAUACAAGAUGCACGAUCUCAUACAUGAUCUUGCAGAACGUGUAUCCGAAACUGGAAGCAUGAUGAGAGACUUCCAUGAGGAUGAAGAUGUUGCAACUCCCAUUAUAGAAAGAAUUCCAGAAGGAAGUAGUGGGAAAUUGAGAUCACUGUUUUCGAAUGCUGAAGCACUACCUGGAAACAUGUUGCCAUGGUUUAAAGCUUUACGUGUCUUGAAAUUAUAUGGGGCAAAUAUUGUGGAGCUUCCAAGUUCAAUCAAAAAGCUGAAACACUUGAGAUAUCUUGACAUUUCCUCUACGUGGAUCUCCAGACUCCCAAAUUCUAUUGGCAAGCUAUAUAACCUACAGACAUUAAGAGCAACAGACUGCCUUAUUGUAGAAUUUCCAAAAGAGGUGCAAAACUUGAUCAACUUGAGACAUGUUUAUUGUGAAAAGGAAACGAAAUUUCCAGUUGGGGUAUUAGGGAGAUUAACUAGCCUUCGAAAAUUACCUUGCUCUUAUGAGGAUUCUGAGGUGAUGGGUAGGGAAAUUGAGGAGCUGGCUGUCUUGAAUCAAUUGAAGGGUAAAUUGAUUAUUUGUAAUUUGGAACAUGUAAGGAAUGGAGAUGAGGCAAGGGUAGCUAAAUUAAAGGAUAAGAAAAACGUACGCGACUUGAAAUUUGUAUGGUCGGAAGAUAGGUCAAUAACAAACAAUAAUAAUGAAGAGGAUGUACUAGAAGGCCUCCAGCCGCAUUCUGAGUUGGAAAGGCUAGAGAUUCGAUAUUUCAUGGGUACUAAAUUUCCAUCGUGGAUGAUUAAGCUUGAAAACUUGAAGGAGAUUAAGCUUUUGGGGUGCAACAGAUGUGAAAAAGUGCCGACACUCGGCCAUCUACCUCAUCUUACAGUUGUUUGGAUUGGAGAAAUGGAUAAUCUAAAAUGUGUUGGAGAAGAGAUUUAUGGAAAUGUUGGAUUUCCAGCACUGAAAGAAUUAUACAUUUGUUAUUGCAAUGAGCUAAUUGAAUGGAUGGAUGCACCAGAACAAGUCAUGGUGUUUCCUUGCCUGGAGAAGCUGGAGAUGUGGAAAUGUCCCAAAUUGAGAAAGGCUCCCAGUCAUCUUCCAUCUUUGAAGGAGUUGGUUGUAUUCUAUUGCUCUAGUCUACAAUCUAUUCCAGAUUUAAACCUCUUCACAUCCCUCCGUGAAUUGAGAAUAGAAUAUUGUGAGAGAUUAGAAAGUUUGGUGAGCAGUGGGCCCUUCAAUGUUGUGGAGUUGUUGACUAUAACAGGUUGUAGUGGUCUACAAUCUAUUUCAGAUUUAAACAUCUUCACAUCCCUCCGUGAAUUGAGAAUAGAAGAUUGUGAGAGAUUAGAAAGUUUGGUGAGCAGUGGGCCCGUCAAUGUUGUGGAGUUGCUGACUAUAACAUGUUGUUGUGGUCUACAAUCUAUUCCAGAUUUAAACCUCUUCACAUCCCUCCGUGAAUUGAGAAUAGAAUAUUGUAAGAGAUUAGAAAGUUUGGUGAGCAGUGGCCCCGUCAAUGUUGUGGAGUUGAUGACUAUAACAGGUUGUAGUGGUCUACAAUCUAUUCCAGAUUUAAACCUCUUCACAUCCCUCCGUGAAUUGAGAAUAAAAGAUUGUGAGAGAUUAGAAAGUUUGGUGUUCAGUGGGCCCGUCAAUGUUGUGGAGUUGCUGACUAUAACAGGUUGUAGUGGUCUACAAUCUAUUCCAGAUUUAAACCUUUUCACAUCCCUCCGUGAAUUGAGCAUUGAAUAUUGUGAGAGAUUAGAAAGUUUGGUAAGCAGUGAGCCCGUCUCUGUUGUGGAGUUGAAAAUAAGAAAUGCACCUAAUUUAGAGAGUCAAAGUUUGGACAACCUAACGUCUCUCUCUCUGUUGGUAAUUGGUAAUUGUGGGAAAUUAAAAUAUCCACCCACAGGUCUACAUUGCUGCGCCAGUUUGAAGACAUUGAAACUUGGUCGGUUCUGGGAGGAGCUCGAUUCCUUCCCUGAUUUCCAUCUUGGAACCGGAUCAUCACAACUUCAAAAAUUAGAGUUGAACGGGUGGCCCAAGCUCAAGUCUCUGCCUCAACAAAUUCAAGACUUCACUUCUCUAACAUCUUUGGUAAUAUGUGAAUUCGAUGGAGUGGAGGCUCUUGAGGAUUGGUUAGGUACCCUUUCGUUUCAAGGCAAUGCUUCUCGGUAUUUGUGGAUUCUUUAUCACCACUUGGUUAGAGGGCCUGAAGGGGUGGGUAGAGAGAGAGAUUUUGAUAUAUAG